AUGGCCUCCAGCUUCAUGUUCUUCGUGUCCAUCCUCAUCUACCUCACUUCCUUCAUUGGCAUGAUCGGCAACCUCAUCGUCCUCUUCGCCUUCCUGACCCACGCCGUCCGGCGCAAAGCCCUCCAGCCUCUGGACCGCAUCAUAGUCAACAUGGGUUUGGUCAACUUCUUCCUCUGUUGCUACAAAGCCAUUCCUGGGAUGCUAGUUUUCAGCAGCACCAGAGUCUUCGGGGAAGAGGGAUGUAGGGUUCUCCUCUACACCUACCACACUCUGAGGCUGGUCAGCAUCUGGUCGGUGGAAAACCUGAGCAUCGUCCACCUCAUCAAGAUCCGGAGGCCCAGCUGCCGAUGGGCGAUGCUCAUCCACAGGCAUCAAUCACGCUACGUCAACGGGACCCUCGUGGGUUGUUGGGUGGCCAGUGUCCUCCUGCAGAUCCCUUAUUUGCAGUAUGAGAAGACCGGCGGUCAACGGAAUAAGACCAUCGCCUUCUUGGCUACUUCCACUUGCUUGAAAUCCACGGAAAGCUUCGCCAUGAAGUUUAGCACCUACGCCUCCAUCGGCCUCGACAUGGUCCUCAUUCUCUUGGUGGUCGUCCUCAACGGCUUCAUCGUCGACCUUCUCUGGAAGCACCACAGGAAGGUGAAAGCGUCGUCCUCCGCCGCCGCGGGGAGCAGGUGGAAUAAGCACACGGCCCAGGCCACCAAGAUCCUGCUCUCCUUGCUCUCCAUUUACGUGGUUUGCUGGAUCGCCAACGACAUGGUCUGGCUCACCAUCGUCCUGGGAUACAACAGGAACAGCACGGAGAGCAGCUUCCUGAAUGGCGUGUACGGCGUGCUCUCCUCCAUAUAUUAUUCCGCCAGCUCGUACGUGAUGGUCUUUGGGUACAAAAAGGUCCGCGAAUACCUCGCAGAAACCUGCUGGUGUUUGAGAUGUAGAAGGACCGCGGUGGCUCAAGCUGUCUCUUUGGCGGAUGCGCUUCCCAGAUGA